GAGUCAAAACAUGUUUUCAGCUGACUUCUUUAUUUCUGUGAAUUCAAUCACACUUCAACUUGUCGUCGGCUCCAUGGGCUUGUGGUGAUUGUUGUGGUGUGAGAAAAUAGGCUGUUUUCGGACACAUUCUUUCACGUUAUUGAGUCAUCUCUGCACCAGCGGCGGUAUGGCUGCCCUGCGCUCCUGUGUGCGUCUGGUGCCGGUGUCUCGGCCGGCCGGUGCGCGUCGCCUCUCUGAUGGCGCCUGGCCUCACGGCGAGCGCGCUGCCGAGCGGGCGCGCACGCAGCACAUGACCAGCUACUACAAUCAGGCGGCCAUCGACACGGCAGCCGCCAAGCCGACUGUCCGGCUCACGCCCGCUACCAUCAUGUACACUGGCAAGAGCAACGACGAGGCCCACCUCGUGAGGAGUGCCACGUACCUGAGGAAGGAGCUGCCGGUCAGGAUCGCACACCGGAUCGUCGGCUUCCGCACACUGCCCUUCGUCAUCGGCUGCAACCCCAGCAUCCUGCAGGUGCACGACAUGUACAUCCGUUCGUUCCACCUGCUGAACGAGUUCCCUCCGAUCCGAAACGGUGGCGACGAGCUGCGCUACUCGCAACUUCUGCGGGAGCUACUGGAGCAGCAUCGCGACGUGGUCUCCCAGCUGGCAGAGGGCUUCCGCGCCUGCCGCAAACACAUCAAGUCGGAAGAGUUUGUGAGCCGGUUCCUGGAUGAGACCCUCACCUCUCGCCUGGGUAUUCGCAUGCUGGCGCUCCAUCACCUCAGUAUGAGAGAGGAACGGCCGGGUCACGUCGGCAUCAUCAACCUGUCGAUGAAGCUGAAGGACGUGCUGGAGCGGUGGGCAGAGUUCGCCUGCCGGCUGGCCGGACACAAGUACGGCAAGGCGCCCACCGUGCGGGUCUCGGGACAUGUCAACGCCACACUGCCCUAUAUCGAAGUGCCGCUCGACUAUAUCGUGCCGGAGAUUCUGAAGAACGCCGUGCGCGCCACGAUCGAGGCCCACCCGGACGUGCCGGAGUCUCACCUGCCGCCCAUCCACGUCACCAUCGCCAACAACGACGUCGACUUCAUCAUCAGAUUCAGCGACCGAGGCGGAGGCGUUCCGCACGCCAUCUUCCGGCGCGUGAUGAACUACAACUUCACCACGGCUGACGAGGGUGGCGACACUGAGGCGGCCGGUGGCGGCAGCGCCCUCAGCGGGAUGCUGGACCACGCCAAUAAUAUCACCCAGGGACCAAUGCACGGGUUCGGGUUCGGCCUACCGACCUCUCGCGCCUAUGCCACCUAUCUCGGCGGCAGUCUGGAGGUGCAGGCCAUGCAGGGCAUUGGAACCGAUGUCUACCUGCGACUCAAACACCUGAACGCGCGCGACCCGUUCAGGCUCUAACCGGGUCACAAAGUGAUGGCAUACCUAGGUGAAAUACGUCAUACAGAAAUAUGACGUCAUACGACAGACCUUGUGAUGUCAUGCAGUGAGGUUCGGCCUGUGUCGCUACGACCUCUGGAGGUUUGGUCUGGAGAGGAAAGGUAAGUGUCCGGAUGCUUAUUAUUCGGUGGCGGAUGGAGGGAAGUCACUCUAAUUAUUUCGACCCCUGUGGUCGGACGUUCUAACCGGACUGGCGGAGUGUUUGGAAGACAUUUACUCGAAGUUAUAGAUAUCGACUGUAUCACGGACCAGAAGUCGACUAUCAUCAUUUGUCGACCAGCAGCCGGAAUCGAGCGUUGAAGCUCAGUCCAAAGACAGCCCUCGAGAUUGCUGGGCGUUGAAACGAUGUGCAAUAGUGGGCGGUGACGAAGAUGGAGCCGCUGUUACCCCUCUGACAGCUGGGCAGAACACGAUCUGAGGAGACGAGUGUGUCUCGGAGACGGACGCGCCUCCGCGAAGGGAGAAGGGUGUGAUGGUCUGUGGUUCGAUGGGGCACAGGUAGCAAACAGACUGCCUCACCAACCAUGUCAGUGUCUAUGUAGUGUAGUUCGCUUAGUGAUAUCGAAAAUAACCUAGAGCUUUAUUUAGUUGCUCAGUGACCUAGCGCUUUUAUUUGUGUAUCGGAGUGACUUAAGAUGUAAUUGUAGCUGGUGUGAAUGGGAAGCGCACUUUCAUUUUGUGUGUGCUUGUGUAAGUGGUUUUUCAUUGAGGUGGCAGCUAAGUGUAACUUUUGUAAGGAUACUUCAGAUGCCAUUGCGGGCCGGUGUGCUCUGGCAAAUACUCGUUUUUCAGUGCCGAGAGGCAGUGGUAACUGGUAAGGUACUUCGCUACAAGGGAGACGCCUUGUUGCUGGCUUCCAUUUAGCGAGCGAGUGGGCGUCAGGGGGCGCCAUAAAAGACUGGCCAUACGGACCAUUUUGCUCGAUCCCUGCCUAAACGACCAAGAUCCUGAAAACACAUGCGAUUUGUUAUUUGUGCAGUUAAACUGGCACGUGACAACAUACAUUAUCAUGUUUGCCGGUUUGGGAAAACGUUUGAAAUUACUGGCCUGCCGAUGAUGUGAAACCAUAUUGUGUUCUAGAGAGGACGGUUAAGUUACCUACGAACAAAGGAAGAACGUUUAUCAGUGUGAUAUGGACGCUUUUUGUUGACGUUUCGCGGACAGUGUAAAUAUCUCUAAUGACAAAUCAUUUGAGUGUAUCGGCAUAAAUGCUCACUGUUUGAUGUGCAAUCUAUGUGGCAAAAUACGUUUUUCGUUUAUUUGAAGCAGCAGGAACAAAAAAAAAAUACUGAGGUGAUUAACUUUCGGACAAUUGAUAUCGAGAUGAUCUGAACUAUGGGCGCAUCGUGCUUUGUUCUGGUGUAAUAAAAUGUAAAACCAA